AUGGGAAAGACACUUGGGGGGCGAAGUUGCACGCCCUGGAAAAACGUAAAAACGUUAAAGAACUGUGACGCGGAUUUGCUAUUUUGUCACGACUUGACCAGAAGCAUCCAACACAAAUUCGUUUUCUUCGCACUGAACUUGCUCUGCGUGAGUAAGAAAUACGAACUGGUGUUUAUAACGUACGGCCAGUAUAUCUACGUGUACGAGUUGAAAAGCUUUCUGGAAAACAACAUAAACAUUAGCGUGGACGUUAACCCUAACGCUAGCGCUAACGCUAACGCUAACGUUGGUGUUGGUGUUGGGCAGAGGAAUGAAAAUGGCGGGGACGACGUCAUUGCCAAUUUCCACAAACAAGAAAUAAGCCACAAUGACAGCAGCUUUAAAAACAUAAAUAAAAUAAAGUACGUGCACGAUGAAGUGAAAAAUGAUUUGAAUUUGAAAGCGAUGAACAUCCCCGCACCGACCCUUAUCCUAUCCCCACACGUGUAUUCAAAAGGGUACGUAAAUAUUAAGUGCGAAGAAAGAGACAACUCAGAUAAGUGCAUUUUAAUAUCUGUGGGGUGGUCCGAAGAUACCAGUGUUUAUUAUGUAGAGAAAAUCGUCGAAUGUAUUAACAUAAAGAAGAAAUUAAAACACAUUUUAGAGAAAAAGCUGUUCGAUUUGAAGAGGUAUGAAGAAAAUGAGACGAAAGAAGCAAUCUAUUUUAAUGAUAGACAUUCUCCAUGUGCAGACCCGGUCUUCCCAACCUCCUUUAGUGACUCCUAUCGCCUCUUAAAUAAAAUAAAAAUUGACGAAAAUGAUUUCAUUCUAAGUUUAAUUCACAACAAUCAGGAUGCAAAUGGAUAUUCCAAAGAGCUGCUAGAAAUGUUUGAGUUGUCCAAAUGCAUCAACAGUUUCGAUCACAUAAAGAAUAAGGCCAAACAGAGGAGAGGCGCCCGUCUGUACAGAAUGCAGUUGGAAAAUGAGAGAAGAGCGAACAAGAGAAAAAAGCGCCUUAACGAUUGGGUGUUCAACCAGUGCGUAACCGCUAAUUUGAAGAAGCCCCUCUUAAAAACGAAGAAAAGAAACGUCUGCAAGAAGGGCUUCUAUAAAAAAUGCCUCUUCGAAAGGGAGGCCCUCGGAGGGGUAGCCGAAGCCGCACUAGCAGGUGAAUUGUGCAGGGGAGGCGCCCUAAAUGUGCACAAAAAGAACGCGUUCAAAAAGGGGCCGUACACAAUGAAAUACAGCUGUAUUUUGAGGUGCCCACGGGACGAACCCGCGGGAGAUCCGAAGAGCAAUAGUGUGCAAAAUGCAAACACACGCAGUAACACUAAUGGGAAGAAGAAAAGAUUUAAAAUUAGCGAAAUUUAUAGCAGCCUUGAGAGCGCGGAGGAGGACGCGUACGACACGGAGGACGGAAGGGAAGAUGGAGCACUGCACCGGAAUGAUAACCCCGAGAUGAGGAAAAAAAAAUUAGGAAAAAACUUUAAAAAAAAUCAUCAAGUUAAUUAUUUACUAGGCGAUGAUGCGAAGGAAAUUGAAGAACUCAACUUUUAUAAAAAAAUGAGGAACAGUGUGUACAUGGGUUACAACCAAAGAAAUAACCCCCUUGAACUGAAUGACCAAAAUGAAUAUAUUAACGCGAUUAGGGAAGAAAGCGAAUUUGUGAAUACGUAUAUUAAAUCAUCUAGUGAUGAGGAGUGCACAGCACAGUGGCCGUCUAAACUGAGACUGACCAAUUGUAGUAGGAAAGGAUGCGGACCCAAGUUUUACCGCCAUGGGGAUUUGCGCAUGACACUGAGGAGGGGUCUCCAUAUGGCCCAGCUGAUGGCGCAAAGGAAAAUCAAGCGGGUGGCAAAAAAUAAAAAAAGGGUUCGAGAUGACGAUAACACCGACACGCGCAGUUGCAGCAAUAGGGGAAGUUGUGAAGGGGGUGCACGAGGGAAGUUCUCGCCAAACGUACUUCACAGAGAGAGAGCCAAAAUAGGUAUUAAAAAAAAAAAAAAAAAAUAUCAUGGAGAUGCGAAAAAAGCGCAAAUAGAGCGAUUAAGGAGGAACAUCAAAAAUUAUAAUUUGCAUGUAGAGCGGUUGAAUAUCCUGAAGAAGGAAAGAAAGAAAUUUGUAAACUUCUGCAAAUUGUACAUAACACAUGUGCAUUACGAAGAGUACAGCAAUAAGCUAGAGAACUUCCUAGACCCUAGUGUCGACAUCAAGUACAAUAAAAUUUGGAAGCAGUUUAACAUCUUCAGCUUUAAUCUCUUUAAUGUAGAUUACAAUGAUAAAAUUUUGAAGUCCUCACAUAUAUACGUGCAGCCAGACAUCGUUUUUAACAACAAAACGUACAUUAAAUCGGAUACGUCUACGUGGGCCAUUUCGUUUAACUUCACGAAAAAUUUACUAGCCAUUGGAUCGAAUACGCACAAUAUAAAUAUUUACAAUUUGAAUAACUUUUACUAUUUUCGGAGGAGGUACGAUUAUGAUGAUGCUCUUAACUUCUUUAAGAAUGCAUUUGUGCACAGGAAGGUUAAGGUAAAUCGCUUGUUCGUCAACGAUGAUAAGGACCCCUUCUAUUUCGAUAGCACUGAUAGGGAGGACCAAUUGGCGGCGAACAGGAAGAGCAGGAAGAGCAGGAAGAGGAAAAAGGAGAGAAAAAGAAAGAAGAAAAGGGAGCGAGCGGGGAAAGGGGCAGACCAAGCGGAGAAGGGGGGGAAAAAAAAGAAAAAUAAUCGUUCCUCGCUUCACCACCACAGUAGGGAACAAAAUUGCGAUAAUGUCUUUUACAUGGAUCCUUAUGAGGAGAGCGAAGAAUCGUCCACCACGCUUAGCCCCAGUGAACAGGUAAACAGGAUGGGGGAAGAGCGCCACCAGCCAAAUGGUUGCCCCUCACCAAAAGUGAAGAAGAAGAGGAAGAAGAAAAAGAAGGAGAAAAAAAAAAAAAACGACUCAAUAAUUUUUCGUAAUGAAUAUUUUGACCAUAAGGAACGCACGAUCAGUGCAAUGCCCUGCGCAGACCUCUCCUGGGAGGAGGAAGCAGGACAAAAAAGAGGCAACAUAGCGAAUGGAGCAGAACCCAUUCGUUUUUAUUCCAGUGACAGUGCCCCCUUUGACCAGUGGAAAGACAAUUCCGUGUUGCAUUUGCACGAUGGUGAAGACACCAGUACAUGUGCCGCGGAUCAAGUGGGGAGGAAUAACAGUAGCCCAGAUGGGCAGAAUAAAGCCGAUCCAUAUAUCGCACCAACCCUCCACCAAGUGAAGGACGACCCCAUGAGGGGCAUCUUCCCAGUGAAGAACAGCAGUUACGUCACGAAGAUUAGCGUGCAAGACCAUUUUAAGGAGGCCAAUUUGCACAAAGCAAUUUCGUCCAUCCUGUACAGAAGGAGCUACAUUCCGAUUGACCUGGCCCAGUUUUUCCUCAACAGAAAGGAGAAUCUAAAAAAAAUGCUUCUCACUAUAUCUUACAAUUUCCCCAGCGAUGCAAUCAUUUUGUUUUUAAAGCAAGCUUCCAUCGGGGGGGAGAUCUACCACAUGAAGUGGAACAUUCAUUACAAUAUUGCCUUAACGGUUCAUAAGAUGAAGAAGUUAUAUGCCAAAAGAUUUGGCUCCAAGUACUGCCUCAAUUUGAAGUUGUUUCACCCCCAAAUGGUGAUAAUCAACAACAAUAGGUAUUUGAAAAACUGGUACAUCAAAUUUCUCCGCAGGAGCAUGCCCAGGGGGGGCGUGAGCGGGGCGGAAGCAUCCUGCAGAAUGGCGGCGCGCAGGAAGGAACGGAGAGCCAACUGGGCCAAGGGGGCCCACGGGGAGAAGCGGCACAGUUAUUUGGACUUUCUCAAGGGUGACCAACUGGGGGAAGGGCACCCAGGUGGGAAGCAACCAAAGGGAGAUCGACCAAAGGGAGAGCGGCCACUUGAAGGGCAGACCCCCCGGAGCGAAGACCUCGACGCGACCAAGACCGCUUCAGAAACGGACAGCACAUCCAGCGAGGAUGAACUCGGUGUGCACAACGUCAUUUACAGAAAAGUCAAAAGUUACAACAUGUCAAAGGUGGAAAGGAAUUAUGUGCUGUGCGAUCGGUGUAGCACCACCCAGCAAGGCGCAAAUGGUGGCCUCCACAACACAAAGGCUGAUGAGCAUAAUGAUAAAGUAAUAAAAUGCUAUAAGCACCUGUACAGCUACAAAAGGGCCAAUAACGUUUUAAAAAAUAUUAGCCGAAGGUUCAGACACUUCAUCAAAGAGAGACACAAUUUUAGCUUUUCCUACACGAAGCGUCUAUUUUCAAAUGAGCAUUCCAUCUUCGUGGUUUUAGAUAAAAGGAGGAACAAAGGGGAACUGCACUGCUAUGACCGCGUUUCGGGGAAAUAUGUGGACGAAUUGAAGAUGGUCGUGAAGAGCAUCCAGAGGCACUCGGCGCCGGGGUUGUUUUCAGAGGCCCGGGGGGGCGCUCGCGCGGGGGCAACGAAUGGAGCAGCCGAAGCAGUCGAAUCAGGCGAAGCGACCGAAGCUGCCAAACCGUUCAGCGGAGGGGAGGCCCCCGCGAGCGAACGCCCCGCGGAGGAGGAAGAGGAAAACCUCGACUUUUGCAGCAAAACGAUAUUAGUAGUAUGCGAGCUGAAGGACCACAAUAAUAACACGCUGGACGUUGUGCACCUGACGAACGACCCGAGAGAGAGCGGCCAGGAUUUUUUGCAGGGGGGGCAGCCAGGACCGGAAAAGGGAAACCGCAGUAAUUAUUACUCCGUGCGGUUUGAUGGAGGUGGCGCAGCGAGUGGCAAGAAGCAGAGAAUGCGAAGGAACGACCACCCGAGGAGUAGCAGCAGGAGUAGCGGAGGGAGUAGCAGUAGUGGCAGUGGAAGGGACAGCGGAAGGGGCAACAGGAGAGAAAGCGGACGAGGAAGCGGCCCCCCCUCCAGCAAUGCAGAAAAGACAGAAACGAAGAAAACGAAAAAAAAAAAAAAAAAAAAAAAAAGAUGCUUGAGAAGCAUUAUGGCAGGCAAAGCCCACAUGAACGGGAUUGUAAAUUACACCGUUGAGAUGGAAAUGGACAAUCUGUAUAGAAACAACCGCCCGAAAGACGAAAUGAAGAUGAAAAGUGUCAUGAAUAAUUUGCUACUCAAUUUGGAAGCCGAAUCGGGUUCGAACUCAUCCGAGUCAGCUAACAUCUCUGAAGGCAGCAUGCACAGUAGAGGCAUAAAUUUCCCUGCAUAUAUAAAUAACAACACAACUAGCCAAAGUACAAACAAUUUUAACCGAUUCAUUAACGAAGAUUUGUUAUCAACAGCUAGGAGUAGGCUCCUAGGGAAUGGAUACAAUUCAGAUGUUUCAAACAAUGGUCUUCUCGUUCGCGCAUUACACAAUUAUAGACUGGUGAGGAACAACUUUCUACACAACAUGAGGAAUAACAUGCGAAACAAUAGACCCAAUCGCCCCAGUCGACCAAAUCGACAUGGCGCUAGGAAUGUACCAAACGUGAGAGAUGACUUCAUGAAUGAGAACACGCAGAGAGUGGUAAACAACAUGGUGAAUGCUACGCAGAAUAUUUUGAACAUUAACAAUAGCAUUGGGAACAUCACUAGUAGACCUCCGCCCAUUGGAGGAAGGGGAGGUUAUUACUCCUCUAGGGCAACCCCACAACAGGCAUCUAACUUGCGCUAUAAUGAGCAUUUGCUCGAUUUAGACGGCCCACCUACAGUCGACCCAGCUGCGUUUUUAGCACCCCCGAAUGAGGAUAGCGAAUCUGGGGACAGACCCGAUUUGGAAGAUUCACAAUUGGAUAACGAAACAUCCUGGGGAAGCAUGCAUUUGCCAAGAUUGGACGUAGGGGAAACAAGAACAGAAGGGAGGGGCACACAAAUUAAUUCCUACGCGAGUAUAAUAAUUAGAAACCUGCUGGCAUCUAAUCCGGACAGAAUUGAGGCCACCCGAGAUGGUUGGAGGUUCCGAAUAAACACCAGCAAUCUCGAUAACAUCUAUUUGAUAUCCAGAGCAAGUGCAAAUGCAAAUAAUAGCUCUUCCUCCUCUGCACAUAAUAAUGCGGAUGGUAGUAGACGCUCCCGAAAUGCGAGGGAUGCCAGACAAGAAAAUGAACAUCUUUUCCUCAACAUGCUGUAUAACAACAUUUUAAAUAUGAGGGAGUCAAACAGGAACAGCUCUUCCUCGGUGGAUCACAACAUGGGGAAUUGGACUGCGAACGUGAUGAAUAAUUUGCAAAACGAUAUUCGAAAUAUAAAUCAAGAAUAUAAUUCUGGGAGAAAUUUGAGGAGCACAUUUUUUAAUCAACUAGAUUCCUUUACCGGCAAAAUAUCCCCCAUGACGUUAGACCUAAUGAACACCAAAAAAUUGGAAGGCGUAAAAAUGAAGGGAAAACAAGGAGCCAUGCAGUGCAAUCGUUUUAGGGAAAUCCCUUUCGGCUUGAAAUACGCCUCCGUGAAUGAGAAGUAUGAUGCCAUUGUUCGGUACGUAUAUACGCUUCCCCAAAGUGCCGAUGAAAUAAUGUUGGCUCAUGGCUCCAAGGCUGAUUCUUUCUUCGACUUUGUCAUUGUGUGUGAAGGUGUGUAUCAGAAGAACGAGAGAGCGAACCGCGGGAAUCCUCCCCAGGGGGGUAAUGAACAGGGGGGCAGGUCGACAUGGGGUGUGGAUGGCUUGCAGAAAGUGGCUUUUAAACUGGGGGGCGCAGUGGCGGCCGUGGGGGCAGCGGGAUCGGAUCGAGUGCAUGGGGAGUUAGAGGAGGAGACGGACGAAAUGACGGAGGAAGAAGCGGAGGAAGAAGCGGAGGAAGAGGAGGAAGAUGAAGAAGAUGAAGAAGAAGAGGAGGAGGAGGAGGAAGAGGAAGAAGAGGCGGACGAAUUAGCUGACGAAUUAGCUGACGAAUUAGCUGACGAAUCAGCGGACGAAUCAGCAGACGAAUCGGCGGACGAAUCAGCGGACGAGUCACCGGAGGGAGUCACGGAAGAACCGGGGGGUGACACUGCGGAUGGCCAAAUCGACCAUCACAGCAACGCGGAGGAUCCCCUGGGAGAAAGCCGCAGCGCCAGUUCGCACAUAAAUAAGCCUUCACAGUGGCCGCUGCUGAAAGACAGUUUGAGCAAAGAUAGCGUUACUGGCGAUGUUCAUCCCGGCGGAAUGACAAUCGAAUGCGCGGAGAGAGACCCCCCGAGGAGGGAAGAAGAUGAUUCCAAAAAAGUGACCCCCAGUAGUGACGAAAACGUAACAGAUUUGAAGCCAAAUCUGAGUUCCGCGUCCACGUUAGACAUGGAAGACUCAUCGUACGAGUCGUAUUAUUCCUCGUCCAGCCACACCACCAGCGAUUUUAGCAAUUUAUCCGAGUGCCUAAUAGAUGAGUGUUCCGAGUGCGAAAAUACAAACCUGUGCUUUGAGGGAAGCAACCUUAUAAACUUUAACUCAGCUUACCGGUUCUUGAAGUAUGAGGGGUCCAAGCUGUACGUAAACAACUGCAGCGUCAGCGUAAAGAGGAAUGGGGAAGGGCGCCUCUCCAAGUAUUAUUUAAAGCGGAGGGUUGGCCAUCCAAGGAGGCAGGGCGGUUACGAUUGCGGUUACGAGGGCGGUUACGAUUGCGGUUACGAUUGCGGUAAUGGACAAAAUGGGCGCACGCAAAUUGUCGCGCUAAGCAUCAACGAUUUUGAAAGUAGUUCGGCGCAGCUCAGCAAGAAGAAAGGGCCACUCUGGGAUGAAGAAGCGUACUCACCGUUGUGGACGACGAACGGGGAAAAAGACACGCCGCCCAACUGGAAGGAAAAAUCAGGUAAAGACAAAAUGGUCAUCACAUCGAAGUGGUUACAUAAAGUUCUGCUGCAACAGAAUUGCUACCUGAAUGAGGAGAAGAGGAACAAGUUGGAGAUGCUUUUGAAGGGAAAGAGCACAAUGGAGGGGGAGCCGCAAACGCAGCAGCAAACGCAGCAACAAACGCAGCAGCGGGAAAAGGAAGAAACGGAUGACACGAAUGAGGAAACGAACAAAGGAACGAAAAAAGAAAAAAAGAAAAAAAAACACGCCCAGCAGGACAAACCCAUCAAACAACAAAUCGAAUAUUUGAAUGUACUCAGAAGAGGCGAAAAAAACGAAGCAGAAAAAAAUAGUGCAGUUCAGAAGGAUCGCUUCUUUAACACAUUUUUAAGGUAUUACUAUUCCACUAUCGAGGAAGGCAAAGGUGAGAAAAAAAAAAAAAAAAAAAAAAAAAACCUCACAGGGGAGGAGGACCAGGGCAACCAAAUGAAGAAGAAAUAUUAUGACCAUAACGUCAGCGCACUUGUACAAUACAAAGCAGAAGAAGUAAGAAACAGUCUUUACAAUGAUAAAAAUGCUAAUUAUAUCUUCAAAAAUUUACCUAACAGUGUGAUUACGAGAAAGUUUUGCAAUCAUGUAAGAAUGAGUCCUUCCUAUGAUGAAUCAAAUCGAAUGAACGAAGUGCUGUGGACCUUUUCAAAUGUGACAUUCUAUUCUGCGGACUGGUAUGAUAUUAUGUACAAAUUAUUUUUCGAAUUGUCCUCCAGAUUUUACGAAAUUAUUAUAAAGCACCACAAGCAUAACAUCCCAAGUGUGAAAUUUUCACCAGACGAUAAUUUCCUUUUGUCCUGCUCGGUGGACAAAUCCCUGGUCCUUUGGAACCCUUUCAAUGUGAAGAAUUACGACUUAGAUAGGAACUAUAACAUAUAUGACCAUGUGUUUCCGCCUAGGGAGGAUAGGAAAAGCAGGGAGCGGCAUCGAAACAUGAGCAUGGUUAGCGCAAACGUGAGGAGAAACUACAAAACGCAGAACAGUCACAACCGCAUGUCACUCAGCCUACUGGCCAACGCAACAGUCGAAAUAAACUACGGAGGGAAAAGAAACGCCUUCGAAAAAGCGUUUCAUGAAAGUAAAUUGUACAAAGCGAUCAGGGAAAAGGAGCUAUUAUCAAAUAUGAAAAAAAAUAACAUUCUGUGCAAACAGGAAAUGAAACAUAUGGGAUGGAGUUGUGACUUCCUUUUGAAGAAAAAUAUUUCCAAAUGUGAUAUUUUUGCGGAUUUAUUUUACAAAGAAAAUUUUUUCGUAGGACAGAGACCCAGUUUUAAUUAUUGUGUUUAUUUCCCCUCUGGGAAUGUUCUUAUGGAUAAUUUUUGCCCCUUUUUUCAAAAGUAUUCUUUUUUCCAACUAUUUAGUUCUUCCUUUUUAAGUGCCAAGGGGAACACAGAAGGGGGUAGUGUACACUUCCUACGCUCUUACCUCUAUAAGAUGAAUAUGAAAAGAGCGGAGUACGUCCAACCAGAUAACAUCCAAACCAUUUUCGAAAUAAUGACGGACAGGAAUUUUAAAAGAACGUCCUUUUCGAAGAAAAAAAUUAAGCAAAUAUAUUCCACCAUGAAAUAUGUGUGUAAGCAUUUGCUAAAAUCUUACAUUGUUGUUUAUCCGCUGAGGUAUGAGGAGAGAAUCUGCGACCUGGAAAGUGUCAAAUUGACAAGGCAGCGCUUAACUCGGGAUGUAUGCGUUUUGACCGACUAUGAAUACGGGCAUUAUGCUAAUAUGAUCACCUCCACGUGGAAUGACGAACGGGCAACCCCCGGGUGGACGGAAGAUCUCUACAUUAAGCCAUCCCGUACAAAGCAAGACAAGACGAAAAAAAAAUGUUACACACGUAGGCAGAACAAAAGAAGGAAUAAAAAACAGAAAGGAAAAUCUUCGCUCAUUGAAUCCGAAUCGAACAACGAAUCGUAUGACAGCUGGGAAACGGACGAACAUUCUUCCUCCUCCUGCGUAGAACCGGAUAAAAAUAGCUGGAAGGGUGCAAACGCAGGUGAUUACGAUGUGGAGGAGGAAAGCGACGGCGAUGAUGAUGAUGAUCCUCAUCAGGAUGAUGACGAGCUCGAUGCGGAUUACCAAAAAAGGAAGAAACACGAAAAAUCCUUGUUUUAUAAAUACAUACGUGGUAUAAGGAACGAUUUUAGCUUCCACUUUUUAUCGGGAAAAAGAAAAAACUGUGAAGAUAAUCCCAAGAAGUGGAUCCCACUUUUUGAAAAGCUAAUUCAUCAGUACGCAGAUUUGAAGUUCUGCAAAAAUAUGUACAGACACGUCAAAUGUAAAGUCCUAUCUGACUGCAUCGCCAAGUUCGAGGCGUCCAAGCCAAAGCUGUAUUUCAAUUUUCACAUUACCGCAAAUUAUCAGGAGUCGAAAAUUCUGAGUGAACUUUUGCAGAACUACGCUGUGUACUUCGGAUCCGUGGGAGCAGCAGGCAGAGGGCACUUCUCCGUUGGCGGUGGAAGUGGCACAAUUGGCGAAAUGAAUCAGCAUUUCCAGGCCUACUUAACGUUAAUCAAGAGGAAGGGCACGCAACGUGGGGGCAACGGGAAGAAGCAAGGGGAGACGGAGGAGGACGACCCUCCAGAAGUGCACUCCAAAAAUGUCGGGUAUACAAUUAUACUGAAAAACAACGUUUCGAAUUUUCACAAUGUGAUAAAUAACAUAGUGAACAUUUCUCACAGCAACAGGAUUAUCAACCAUCACAAGUACUUUCGCGAAAAUGAUAUGUACAAGGGCGAUCGGGGGGGUGCCUUCCACAGGGAGAAGCGCGACCAGAAGAAAGAACAUACGAAAGAACAGAAGAAAAGCCCCCUUGAAAACCUCUUCGACGAUUUAACAAAUGACAGCACCCAUUUCUGCUCCUCCGAUUCGCUCAACUCCGAUGCGAAUUGUGGGAAGGGGAAAAGGCCGAAAUCGAGCCGACUUAAAAUGAACAAAAAUGAACGAGGCGGAGAUGGGAAUGGCCCCUCCACGAGGAAGGACCUGGAGGACGUGCUCCGGAGGGAAGACAGAGUGUACAACAUAUGCUUCCUGCACUCCAGAAAUGACAACUAUAAGAUAAAAUAUUUUGAAAAUAUAAAUGUUUUGCAGAAUAUGUACAGAUACUGUGGGAGGGGGUUACUCGUGGUGAACGUAAAGUACGUGACGGAUGAGGCAAGCUGCAACGGGGGAAGCAUCAUAUUCCAGACGGACAUACACAUUUGCAGUGAGAAGAAGCCCCAAAAGAGGAACCAAAACGAACCAAAAAAAAAAGUACAUUGCAAGAAGGCAAAAACGAUCAUUUUUAUCAUACGCGUCAAUUUACACGAGCUGAGAAAUUACCAAAUGAGGAAAAUAAUUUUCGAAGAAAAAUAUGUCAAGAGUACAUUUUACAUUAACCUCAAGGUGGCCAAAAUAUUUUACCAAAUGGCUCUGAAAAACUGUAAAUUAUUACACAAAACGGAAAAUGAGGAACAUGAUAAAAAAGUGAAUGCAGAGAAAAAAAGAAUUUUGAAAUCAUUUUAUGUGAAGGAGAGGUAUUCCUUCCUUGUGUACUUGACAAAAAAUUUAUUUCAAAAAAGAAAAAAAUAUCCUUUAACUCCCAGGCGUAUAUGCAAAUACAUUGUGUGGAUAAGAAAUAUCAUUUUGGACACCCGUCUAUUUGACCAUUAUGAGAAUUGCAAUAGUGAUUUGCCACAGGUACAGUCAGACUAUCGUUUUCUGUACUCGCUGAAUUUGGACCUUCCGAAUACGACAACAUUAUUCAAGCUGUUUUUCCUCCUGUUACCAAAAGGAAAAAGAGACACAGUUAUUCUGAACAUAUCCAUGAUAAGAUUUUUGUACUCUCACUUGAGUAGGGGGUGGAAGAAGAAAGGCAUACAUUUCACCUAUGGUGAAAAGAGCGUAAGAAAGGGGGGAAAAAAAAAAAAAAAAAAAGCAUGCGAGUGUGUGAAAACCCCCAAAGCAACGUUUGACUCAGUGGUCGAUAGGGAAGAAAAAAAACAACUCAGUAAUUACGUAGUAAUAUCUGCAGAUAAAUAUAAACUAUAUUUAUCAAAAAUUAAAUUCACAAAAAUUACCAAGAAUUUUUUCACCACAAGAUUUGUGCCCAUACUGGAAUUAAGCAAACCAGUCGAACCAAAAUUGCCAGCCGCAUACAAGUCCUCUCGAAUUAAUUUAUUGAAAAUCAUUUAUGACAAGUCGUGUAUUCUGCUGGCCAACCAGUACAGCAAUCUCAUCUUUGUCUACUUUGCGCACAAGUGUGUUUACACAAAUUCGUACCUCCUCAUCCCCUACUUUACCAUUCCGCUGUAUACGGAACGCAUAGGGAGGGCGCUUAUCCCGAAUUUCAGCAAGGACGCCUGCAUCGGAGACAAGAAACGCCUUGUGAACAACAUAAAUUACAACUUUCGAAAAAUCCUGGCCGAUAAUUACGCAGACAUGGACGAGGAGCUGAACUUUUUCAUCGCGGGCUUCGAUGUCAUCUACGUAAAAGGAAAAAAUAACAAUUUCGAGUUAACCGUCUUUGCAAUUUUGCUCAACAAUAUUUUAUUUUGCUACAAACUGAAUUUCCAGUACUAUUAA